CCUGAUGUAAACACCGGAGCCGGGCGUCAGGGCCCGGGAGGUCAGAAAACCGGGCUGCGGGCGGCACCGACGGCUGGGGUUGGAAUCGGGGACGCGCGGAGAUCAGUCCUGCUGGGGGCAGUAAGUGGUGGAGGAGGAGGAGGAAGAAGAAAUCAGCUGAGAACAGGAGUUCUAGGACUUGGAGGGCAAACCCCUGGACUCUUCCCAACCCUACCCCCGUCUGUGUCCAGGGAAGCAGUCCUGGACCAUGACUCAGCAGCCACUUCGAGGAGUGACCAGUCUGCGUUUCAACCAAGACCAAAGCUGCUUUUGCUGCGCCAUGGAGACAGGUGUGCGCAUCUACAAUGUGGAGCCAUUGAUGGAGAAGGGGCAUCUGGACCAUGAGCAGGUGGGCAGCAUGGGCCUGGUGGAAAUGCUGCACCGCUCCAACCUGCUGGCCCUGGUGGGUGGUGGUAGCAGCCCCAAGUUCUCAGAGAUCUCAGCAGUGCUGAUCUGGGACGAUGCCCGGGAGGGCAAGGACUCCAAGGACAAGCUGGUGCUGGAGUUCACCUUCACCAAGCCAGUGCUGGCUGUGCGCAUGCGCCAUGACAAAAUCGUGAUCGUGCUGAGGAACCGUAUCUACGUGUACUCCUUCCCCGACAACCCCCGAAAGCUGUUCGAGUUUGACACCCGGGACAACCCCAAGGGGCUCUGUGACCUCUGCCCCAGCCUGGAGAAGCAACUGCUAGUGUUCCCAGGGCACAAGUGUGGGAGUCUGCAACUUGUGGAUCUGGCAAGCACAAAACCUGGCACUUCAUCUGCUCCGUUUACGAUCAAUGCACAUCAGAGUGACGUGGCCUGUGUGUCCCUGAACCAGCCAGGCACUGUAGUGGCCUCGGCCUCUCAGAAAGGCACUCUCAUUCGCCUCUUUGACACGCAAUCCAAGGAGAAACUGGUGGAAUUGCGCCGAGGCACUGACCCUGCCACUCUCUACUGCAUCAACUUCAGCCAUGACUCCUCCUUCCUCUGCGCUUCCAGUGAUAAGGGCACGGUCCACAUCUUUGCUCUCAAAGAUACCCGCCUCAACCGUCGCUCAGCGCUGGCUCGUGUGGGCAAGGUGGGGCCUAUGAUUGGGCAGUACGUGGACUCUCAGUGGAGCCUGGCGAGCUUCACCGUGCCUGCCGAGUCAGCCUGCAUCUGCGCCUUCGGUCGCAAUACUUCCAAGAACGUCAACUCUGUCAUAGCUAUCUGCGUAGAUGGGACCUUCCACAAAUAUGUCUUCACUCCUGAUGGAAACUGCAACAGAGAGGCUUUCGAUGUGUACCUUGACAUCUGUGAUGACGAUGACUUUUAAGGACCCUGUGGGUUGUGCGAGGGACCUGCAGUGGCAGAUUGCAAAGCCCUCAGGGGGUCAGGAGUGCUGCGAAAGCUACCAGCCAGCAAGCAUUAGUGGGGCUGGUGCCCACCUUCCACUCAGCCGUGUAAGGCCUGAACAGCUCACUUCCCCCAAGCACUUCUUGGUGACUGUGCGGCAGGGCCAGACUAGGGAUCCAGGGAGGGAGCAGACCCCCUGAGGCUCCCAGCCUGGAGAAGACUGCUAGGGACCCUGAGGGAGUACCCUGAUUCUACCUGUGGGGAUUUAAAAAACCUUUCCAGAAAGAGACAUCUCUGAUGUGCAUAUGAAUAAAAGGCCCUUGAAGUA